GUUACAUUCAUAUCCUUGUUCAAGGUAAUGAUUAUAACUUCUUUUAUAUUAUAACUUUGACUCAUAUCUAUUUAAAAUUACAAAAAUAACUUAUUCAUAAAGUUACCUAAAAAGUUCUCAAAAAUUAAAAAAAAAUCUCAAAACGGGUCCCCAGUGUGUCAGUCGCGUGUCUCCAACGUGUCCUGAGCAUGUUAGCUAUAUGUCCCCAACGUGUCCUGAAAAAAAAUUAACAAUAAAAAAAUUGGAUACUCAUUUUAGCAUGUUCGACACGUGUCUGCGUCCCAAACCUGUCCAACACCGACAUUCUAGCCAAAAUGAAGUGUUCAUCCUUCCUAGCCAUUAGUCGAUACAUUGUCUUUGAUUACGGUCAGAUUUGAAGUUCUUAUUAGAAAUAUGAAACAAUUCUUAGUUAAAGGGUGAAUAGCACUUUGCACCCUAAAAUAUUCUUAAAUUCUGUGUUUAUAUCUUAAAAGAUUAAAUUCUCACAUUACAGCUUCAAUCAGAUAAAUAAUAGCAAUGUAGUACAAAAGUAGAUGUUCGCUGUCUUUUUUGACAAAUUUUUUUAUCGUAUUUGCCAUAUUAUCCUAAUUUUAUACACAAUUGUUUGAAUAAUACUAAGUUUGAAAUGUUUUUAACAUAAAUUUGGUACUUAAUUUUCCUAAAAUGGAGUGCAUUGCUAACUUUUUGUUUGAUUGAAGGUGCAAUAUAGAAAUUUCAACUUUCAGGAUGUAAAUUGAGGAUGCGAAGAUCUUUUGGGGUGCAAAGUGACAUUUUCCUUUAGUUAUAUCUAUAUAAUAAAUUAGAGCAAAGUUUGAAUCUAAAGACAAACAAUGGUUGAGAUUGUUUCGUGAUAAAACAAGGCCUCAUCCAACGGAUGAUACUAUCCCAAUUUGUCAAAAGCUAUUGACUGAAAAUUGAUCAAAAAUUAAAUCUCAUAAAGUUUAUCCCGCACAAAAAAAUUUAAUUUUUAAACACCCUAUCAAUUAGCCUUAAUGUCAAAUUUUGAUCUGUCUCAUGUCUUUCUCUUUGUUCCUCAUGCCAAUCUCUCUCUUUGUUUGUCCCUCAUAUCUGCCCUAAUUUCAAGCCCCUUUCUCUCUAUCUCUCUUCUCUCUUCCCCAGGCUCCACAUCCUCUCUCUCUCCCCCCUCACCAUCAACGCAUAGCAUACCACCAGUUCACGCCACCAGCCACCACGCUUCCAGCGAACCAUGCCCAGCAGCCAUCCAGCCACAAACGCGCACACACAAACACAGCCCCGUUGUCCUAAUCAUGGGUCUCUCAAGCAAAUCGAAGCCAGCGAUGUUCUAUCACUCACGCCCAUCAGCAACAUUGCGAGACCACAGGUAUGUCCCUCUCCCUUGCUCCUUCCCCCUCUCUCUCGCCUACAUCUCUGUGUCUCCCUCUAUCUCUGACUUGCACCUCCCACGCCUAAAUCCCAAGCAAAUUGAACCAAAAACACACACUCAUCUGCGUACAACACACACACACACUUCUCUCUGCACAACCCCCAAUCCCUAUACGCACCCUCACGGGCAUGCAUGGUGUUCGAUAAAAAGCAUAUAAGGUGCCCGACCUCUUUUUUCUAGUAUGAAUUCACCAAAGCCAAGGAGUUAAUCUCACCCUCUCCAAUUUUUCUAUUUUAUCUGACACUCACGCACACACUGUCCAUUUGAUUCCUCCCUCUGUUACGCCCAUUCGAUUCCUCUCUCUUGAUUCCAUCUUACACAACCUCCCCCAACACACGCACAGAUUGCACUCUCGUCUGCCCAGCCUCUGCCCAAAGUACUAAUGCUAAACACCUCUCUAUAUUUCAUCUCACACUGUUAAACAUUUUUUGUUGUAAUGGGUUGAACCAUUUUGCUGGAAGUUUCUUUUUUUCAAUUGGUUUUUUUAUUAAUUAAUGGUUUAAACACUGAUUUUGAAAACUCAUAGUAAACAUAUUUUUCUUAGAUGCAUAUGAACAGGGUUUUUUCCCUUGCCGAUGUUUAUUGAUUGUUUAUUAAUGGUUUAAAAAAAUGCUAUUGAUGGUAAACACACCACAGGUUCGAUGAAAGUCUUCACUUAAAUUGACCUCAUUAUUUCCUCUGUAUUGUAGGUAUAUUAAAAUGGUUGAGGAUUUUCUUGACAUUGAAGAAUGAGUGGUUUGAAGGCAAGGAUCUGAAUUUAAAGAAAUUGAAGAAUGAGUUGUAACUAUUGACAGUAGUUAAGUUGAUUACAUUGGUAACUAAUAUUUUGAUAAUGUUUUAAUUUCCCCUUCCAGUUUUAUCAAUGUUUGGUCCUACGUCUUGGUCUUUCGGGUUUGUCACUAAUAAUAUAGUGUUGUCUUCUUAUUGGGUUGACAUUUGAUACUAGGGAAAAUUUAGUCAGUUGAGAUUCAAUUCAAGAUAAUUUAGAGACCAAGACAAGUCUUUCUAGCACGACCACCAAUAAAUGUUGUACAUCACAAAAUUAGUUCAACUUUCAUGUAUUGCUAAUAUGAUUUGUUGGUUCAUAAAUUAGUUUAGUUUCAUUUUUUUGCUUUUCUAUUAUUACUUUUUUUUUUGGUUGUGUUAUUGGUUUGCUAGCCUGCAUUGUUAAGCCUAAAGAAGUGGUUUGUUGUUUUGGGUUUGUUAUCUUCAUGGGUUUUACACAUUUUGGGUGAUUUACAUAUGCUCUGAUUUUACAUCAUUUUUGUCCUUGCUUUGUUUUUCGUAGGCAUUCUUUGAUUCAUGCAGCCAUGCCCUCUUCAACUUCACGCCACUAUCUGAUUCACCGUAAAUUUUUAGUUUUUCACUUUUUUUUUUUUCUAUUUUUUGGAUGGAGUAAGGGUUUUGUUUAUUUAUUUAUUUUUUUGAAUUUGGGCAUGAGUAAAAGGUUUGAUGGGUCUAAUAUGUGUGAUAUGGAUUUGGCGUGAAUUUUUAGAUUUGUGAAUGGGUGAAUUUUCUUAUGGAUUUUGGGGAGUUUGGAUUUACUUUAUAUGGUGAGAAAAUCUGGAAAGUUUAUAUUUUUGCGGUGAGUUUUGUGAUCGGAAACACAAAGUUCAGAUUGAGAGUGAUCAGUUUUUUAUUCUCAGUGCUUUGUUAUCUUAAAGAAGAACCAUGAGUUUGUCAAAAUAUUUGCGUAGUUUUCACUAAUAUUGUCAAUCUUGGUACAUAUGUUGUUGAAGCCUCUAAUGAUUGAAGGGCAAUCACCAUCAUUGGUGAAUUGUUAUAUCAGGUUCAAUUUACUAUCCAAGAAGUGUAGGUGAGGUUAAAUUCUUAUGAGUUCACUAUCCAAAGUUCUUAUAUCCAUAUGUUUAAUAUUACAAAGAUUGAUUUUAACCGUUUCUAAUGUGAAUUUUUUUUUU